AAGAAAAAGAGAGGAAUUUUUGACAUCUCGUAAAUAAUGAUAAUAAUAUCACGUCAUACUCAUACAAAGUGCGUGCCAUUCGAUACCAAAAAUUAAUGCGUUGUCUACUGCGAGUUGUCUGAUAUUGCACCUUCACCAACCGUUGAUCGUUUUCAUUUUAUAUAUGUGCUUCUGUUCGUUUUCCAAAUCUCCUCUUUGUUUCUGAAUCUUCCCUUCGCAGUUGCAGAGAUGGCUUCUCGCUGCUGGCCUUCCGAUGCCGAGCUAAAUGAGUUGAGAGAGAGAGUUUCGAAAAUAGGGGAUCUGAAUAAAGAGGAAGUUCGAGUUGUGGUAUCUCCCUAUCGAAUAUGUCCUUUGGGGGCACACAUUGAUCAUCAGGGUGGGAUCGUUUCAGCUAUGACAAUCAAUAUGGGAGUACUUCUGGGGUUUGCUCCUUCUGGCAGUAACCAGGUUGUAAUUCGCUCAGGACAAUUUGAGGGAGAAGUUAAGUUCAGAGUUGAUGAGAUUCAGAAGCCAAAAGAUAAAAAUUUGGACAAAGAUUCAUCAGAGCUACAGGAACAAUGUAACUGGGGGCGUUAUGCUAGAGGAGCCGUAUAUGCACUAAAGAGUAGCGGAAACAUUCUUUCUAAGGGUAUCAUAGGAUACAUAUGUGGUUCUGAAGGUCUGGACAGUUCGGGCUUAAGCUCUUCUGCUGCAGUUGGAGUGGCUUACCUCAUGGCUUUGCAAUAUGCAAAUGAUUUAGUAAUAUCUCCCACAGAACUUAUUGAAUAUGAUAGGUUGAUUGAGAAUGAAUAUUUGGGUCUGAAAAAUGGCAUAAUGGACCAAUCAGCUAUUUUGCUUUCAAGCCAUGGUUGUUUGAUGUGCAUGAAUUGCAAGACCAAAGAUUAUAAACUUGUUUACCAACCAAAGGUUCUAGAAUACAACGAGAGUGGGCAGCCGAAAGCAACCAGAAUAUUGUUGGCACUUUCGGGGUUGAAGCAAGCUUUGACGAAUAACCCUGGAUAUAACAAGCGAGUUGUAGAGUGUCGAGAGGCCGCACAAAUUCUUAUUGAAGCAUCUGGAGAUUACACAACAGAGCCCAUCCUAUCUAACGUUGAUCCAGAAGUAUAUGACACUCACAAGCACAAAUUAGAACCCAAUCUAGCCAAAAGAGCGGAGCAUUAUUUCUCAGAGAAUAUGCGAGUUAUGAAAGGAGUUGAGGCUUGGGCGAUGGGCAAUUUAAAAGAUUUUGGAAUGCUUAUUACAGCUUCUGGUCGGAGUUCCAUUCAAAAUUAUGAAUGUGGUUGUGAACCUCUGAUUCAACUGUAUGAGAUCCUUCUGAGGGCUCCCGGUGUAUUGGGAGCGCGCUUCAGUGGUGCUGGGUUUAGAGGGUGUUGCCUUGCAUUUGUGGAGGCUGACCUUGCAACUGAAGCUGCAUCAUUUGUCAGGAGGGAAUAUCUCAAGGUACAGCCAGAGUUAGCAAGCCAAAUAAGCAAAGACACUGCAGUUUUGAUAUGUGAAUCUGGCGAUUGUGCACGUGUAAUUCCACAACCACAGAACGGAAGAAACAUAAACAUGGGUUCCAAUCCUUUGUCUGCAUUGACUUCCACAAUGCCCGCGCCAAUCUCAACCCAAGACCAUGACGACCAAGAAGACUCUCCUUCAUCAAAAGCUCUUCUUUCCUUCAGCACCGACUCUUCUUCUUCUUCUUUUUCUUCUUCUUCUUCCUCUUCUCACAAACCCCUCUUCAUCACCCUCAUCCUCAUCACUUUCAUUGCCUUAUCAACAUCCUUCGCCUUCGCCUUUCUCUACUUCUCUUCAAAACCACCACUUUCACCUUCUCCUUCUUCUCUCUCUCUCUUCUCAUCAAAAGCUCGUCCUCUCUCCAAACUCAAACGCCCCGUCGUCCUCCUAGUCUCCUCCGACGGCUUUCGUUUCGGUUACCAAUUCAAAGCCCCAACUCCCCACAUUUCCCGUUUGAUCGCUAACGGAACCGAAGCUGAAUCCGGUUUGAUUCCGGUUUUCCCCUCUCUCACUUUCCCCAACCAUUACUCCAUCGCCACUGGCCUCUACCCUGCUUACCACGGCAUCAUCAAUAACCACUUCACCGAUCCACUCUCCGGGGAACCCUUUUACAUGGGUAACAGCCAUGACCCCAAGUGGUGGCUCGGGGAACCCUUGUGGGAAACUGUUCUCAAAAACGGAUUAAAGGCUGCAACUUAUUUCUGGCCUGGUUCUGAGGUAAAUAAGGGUCCUUGGACUUGUCCUUUCAAUUUUUGUAUCCGCUAUAAUGCUUCUGUUUCAUUUGAGGAUAGGGUUGAUGCGGUUUUGGGGUACUUUGAUUUGCCUAGUGAUCAGAUUCCUGAUUUCAUGACGCUUUAUUUUGAGGACCCUGAUCAUCAGGGUCACAAGGUUGGUGCUGAUGAUCCUCUGAUCACUGAGGCUGUUGCUAGGAUUGAUAGAAUGGUGGGGAGGUUGAUUAGGGGUUUGGAGGAAAGAGGGGUUUUCGAGGAUGUUAGUAUUAUUAUGGUUGGAGAUCAUGGAAUGGUUGGUACUUGUGAUAAGAAGUUGAUUUUUCUUGAUGAUUUGGCUCCUUGGAUUGAUGUUCCUAAAGAUUGGGUUGUCACGCAUACUCCUGUGCUUGCAAUUCGUCCGCCUUCUGGUAAUGAUCCUGCGGAUGUUGUUGCUAAGAUGAAUGAAGGGUUGAGCUCGGGGAAAGUUGACAAUGGGAAGUUUUUGAGGGUGUAUUUGAAAGAGGAUCUGCCUAGUCGGCUUCAUUAUGCUGCGAGUGAUCGGAUUGCACCGAUUAUUGGGUUGAUCGAGGAAGGUUUUAAGGUUGAGCAGAAGAGAACAAAGCGCCAAGAGUGUGGCGGUUCGCACGGUUAUGACAAUGCGGUUUUCUCCAUGAGGACUAUUUUCAUUGGACAUGGUCCUCGAUUUGCUAGAGGGAGGAAGAUACCGUCGUUUGAAAAUGUUGAGAUUUAUAAUUUGAUUACUUCUAUUCUCAAGAUAAAGGGAGCACCUAAUAAUGGCUCUGCCUCAUUUGCAGAGUCUGUUCUUCUAUCUGCUGCAUAAGUGAUACUAAGACCGAGUUUUUAUUGGUGGACAGCAUUGCAGAUGUUGAACUCUAGCGAACAAAAUAUUUGAUCGCUAAGCUGUAUGAUAGGUAAUGUGCUCUCUAGGAGUGAUGCUCGGAUCAGAAAUAUGGGCAUGCUGAAAGAAUAGGGGUCAUAUACCUUUGCACGCGAUUGCUGAAAUUAGUCUAUAUGUAAUAAAGGUAGUUCCAUCCACUUGGUUCCAUUUUUGUUUGUUAUGAGCAGCACAAGUAGAGGGCAAGCUUAGCUUUAACAACGUGUCUGUAAGUAGUAUACGAUCACAGGAUUUAAAUGUUCUUGAGCUAGAGUGAGAUCCCCAUUUGGAUCUCAAGGAUCCAUGGAUUUGAACACUAAACUGUUUCCAUCUUUCAGUUGUUUUAAUUUCUCAACUCUCAUAUUUGCUGCUUGA